AUGAAUUUGAAAAUUCUCCCCUUGCUUAUAUUCCCAUUUCUUCCACGAGAUGAGGCAAAAAGGACAGAAAAUGAGAAGUUCUUUUUGAGUAAGAAGCAGGGCUUGUUAUUUCCCCCCCAGAGUCUGUACAGCUUAGCGAAAAGGGGAAAAAACGGACGCUACCUCUUUAUAGGGAAAAAUAAAAAGGAGAGUAGUGGCCCCCAAAAUGUGAAAAAAAAUGCACCCACAAAUAUUUGCACGUUACAAAAUGAUGGUUCUUACAUGAAGGAACAAUUAGGCGGUCUAAAAAACCGGAUAAUGAAUUUUUUCAGAAGAGAAAAAACCAUGAUCGAUAAGAUAAAAGAUUUAAAUGAGGAGGAGAGUCUCUGGUUUGUUACUGGGUAUGCUAAAAAUCUGUUCACUGGAUAUUCGUAUUAUCACAUUAUCGGUUUCGAGCACAUAAAAGAGGUGGACUUGAAGAAAAUGGCUCGUUUGAAUAGGAUUCCCCCUUUGGACAAUUUGCUGCCCGGGGAUGGCGUGCAGAGGGGCAACUAUUUGGUGGUCGCCGCCUACAGAGUGGACAAGCGCGUUGUGUUUUACAAGAAUGGCCAGUCUGCGCCGAUGGGAGGGAUGGGGAACGUAACGGCUUCGCCCAGUGCUCCGCCUACCUCCAUUUCGAGAAGCACUUCUGGAAGCUCCGGAAGAAUUCCAGCCUCAAGACCCACCGCAGGAUCCACCGCGGAGCCCUUCAUGAACCAGAACUACAUCCUCUGCUCCUACGCGUAUUUCAUAUUCUACGUGUACGAUAAGGAAGAGAAGAAAUUUUACAUAUGCACAAGGGACAUGAACGAUGAAUGCUCCCUUUACCAAAUGGACGAACUUGAAAAAGAAGACCUGCACCAUUUUCUGUACAAUUACGCGUCAAGCAAAAAGGACUUAAAAAAUGUGACUGUCGUCUCUUUGAUUAUGAAGAACAGAGCGGCUAAACGCGCGACAGAAGACAUAUCCACUGAGGAACUUUUAAAUGUACACAAUUACACAAAUAAGUUUAAUUCGUAUUUGAAAAGGCUAUUCAACGUGUGCCACAACUCAGACAUGCUGUUGGAAAAUAGAAUGAACAGAAAAUGUCAACAGACAAACAUUACCUUCAUUUUUGGAAACAAUAAUUUUUUAUUGAAAAAUAAAACCUACUUGGAAUGUUUAAAAAAUUUUUUUCUUAAAAAUGAUCAACAGAGAAAUCUGCUCGAACUUAUUUUUAAGGAUAACAAAGGGUACAAGUUUUACGUCCAGAAUGACGUCACGGAUAAAUCAUCCUACGUGCUCAGGUGCACCAAAAUUAGCAAAAAAAAAUUCGACAUGGUUUGCAAAAAAUUGCGCACAAUUUAUGAAAAUAACAGUUGUAAUGCAAAGGGGAAGGAAGGGGAAGAAGGGGAGGAACCUUUUUUUGUCUAUGCGAAAAUUUUAUUUGAUAGUUAUGCGAAGGAUUUGGCUAGUAAUGAAAAAAAGAAAAAUUUACGUGGAGAGGAAAAUUACGCCCACAGGAGUCUUUACAUAAACAUCGGCUCGAACGAUUAUUUUGUAGGCGGAGAAGACAUCUCAUUUAGCACCGCUGACGAAGGUCUGUUAUUCACCUUGACAAAGAAUUUUCUGGACAGCUUAGUUUCCUGCACACAUGUGUGA